UGUUUCGAAAAUUUUGAUCCAAUUUGCCUCUUCAAUUGGUAACCACCUCUUCUUUAACCUAAAUUCUCUUAUUAUUUGAAUAAAUUUUCUCUUAUUUGAAGUUUUGAACCACUGUUUAUUUUUACCCCAUCUCUUCCCUUCCUCACUAGUUCAUGCUCAAGUUCUUGAAUCUAGCCAUUGAGGCGGUAGGUUUAAACUCCAACCAGUUAAGGGCAUGUUUGGUUCAAAAUAAACAGAUGGGUAAAGGCGUUAAGAAAGCAGGAGUUCUUUACCACUACCCUUGCCCUGAUGGAGCUUUUGCAGCUCUUGCUGCUUACCUUUAUUUCUCUUCCACCUCUCAAUCUGCCCUUUUCUUUCCCAAUCGUGUUUAUGAUCCCAUUAGGGUUGAAGAUCUUCCAUUGGAGGACCUUGAUGAUAUUUACCUUCUGGAUUUUGUGGGUCCUGCCGGAUUUGUUAAGGACAUCUUCUCAAAAGUAAAAAGUGUCAUUAUCUUAGACCAUCACAAGACUGCACUUGAAAUGUUCUCUGAGAGUAAUUUUGUCGCGAAUAAUCUUACCAAGAUCAUAGAUAUGAAGAGGAGUGGUGCUACUAUUGCUUAUGAUUUCUUUGAGAAGAAGAUUUUGUCCGAAUCCAACAUUGAAAGUACUGUUUUGUGGAGAGAAAUCGACAGUAGAGAUGCAUUGGUAUCCAAAAGUGAAGUAGAAAGAGUUAAACAACUAUUUAAAUACAUUGAAGAUGCAGACUUAUGGAGGUGGGCUCUUCCUGAUAGCAAAGAAUUCAGCAGCGGGCUCAAAGAUAUCAUCAGAGAGUUUAGUGUUGACUUGAACCCAUCCUUAUUCGAACAGUUAUUGGCUCUAGAACCUCAUCAUGUGAUUAGUCAAGGUCGGAUGAGCUUAGCAAGUAAGCAAAAAUUAAUAGAUGAAAUUCUUCUAACAUCCUAUGAGAUUGCACUUGGGGGUGGAAAAUUUGGACAGUGUCUGGCUGUGGAUGCUGAUUCCAUUUCAGACCUUAGGAGUGAGCUGGGUCACCAAUUGGCUAUCAAGAGCCAUCACUUUAACUUGAGAGGCAUUGGAGCUGUGGUAUAUAGAGUUCAAGAACUUGAAAAUGAGCAUGUAGUGAAGAUAAGCCUCCGAAGUGUGGCCUCAGAAGAUAGUACAAUCAUCUCACAGGAAUAUGGUGGGGGAGGGCACAAAAAUGCCAGUUCCUUUAUGUUGGAUGUUGCAGAAUUUGAGAAAUGGAAGGUUCAAGUUAGAUGAUUAUUUGGGCAGGUGACUUAUGUGCAACAGCAGAGAGAGAGAGAGAGAGAGAGAGAGAGAGAGAUGCCCAUUCAAUCAUGGGCGUGCUGUUAAAUUGAGAUGUGCGGAGAACAUGUAUAUAAUAAUUUAAGAAGAGGAAUAAGAUUUCUUUUCUUUUUUUUUAAAAAAAAAGAGGAUUAGUAUUAACUUAGUGGAUUAUUAUGUCUACUUUCCUUUAUGAGAUAACAUGAAUAUCACUUCAUAAAAUUAUAGAAAUGUAUAUGAGAAGAUCAUUUACUUUUGAUGCAAGGAUGUUAUAAUCACUA